GGGAUUUUGUUGGGUAUCGAUUUGCAACCUUCUGCAAAGGGCUGCGCAACGAUUUUCUUCCCUUUUUUUUCGUUUUUUGGAUUCGAUCAUAUGCAGUCUUGAUUUCGCUAUCGCUCGACUAGACGAUCCCUUUCAUGUUGUUAUAUGUCGGCAGGUCUUAGGCGUUACACCCUUGAAGAGCUGUCGCGGAUAGAUAGAUCGGACUUUGAAAGUCUUGCGUUAUUGCCAUGCUCGGCUUGGAAAAGAGUACGUUAGAUCGUAGCUCGCCUUUUGCGGCAUUGACCAGUUUCGCAACGGCCGUCAGCAACAGUGACAAGAACGACAAACGACCACCAACUAGUAUUAUACAGGGCGGACGUAGAAGUUUUCGCCAUAUGGGGAAAGGUAGCGGAGGAGGCGGGCCUCCGGCUGCGACACCCUCGUCCAUCCUAAAACGAUUACGAAGACCAGGCUGUCUACGCGGCGUCAUAUGCAUUGCCCUCAUGUGCUUUGUAGCAUACACAGUUCUUCUGAGUGGACCUACCGGACGAGGCUAUCGGGAUGUGAUACGCGCCACAACGUCACCUUUGGCGAGACCCCCCGCAGUACAGCACCAAAACGAUGCAGAAGAUCACUCAUUAUAUCAUGAUGCCAAGGGAGGUCGCUUGGAGGAGCACCCAAAGGGGCAAGUCCCCAUACAGGAGCGUCCAGACGAGCGCUCAUCUUAUCAUAACGUCGAGGCAGGUCACUCAGAGGAGCCCCGACUCGUUCCAGGAAGGGGGAGCUCUCGUCUACCGGCUGCUAAACUACCAGAUCCCAUAACGGGCUCCACCGACACAUCCAACCCAGUUGUCCCACCUCCCGACUCUGAUCCUUCACGGCGACCCAUGUCCCGACCUGAUGGUCUGCUGGCAGGCCUAUUCCCAGGAAAGAAUUCCAAUGAAACAAUUACAUACUUGCUAGAGCAAUAUGAUGCAUUAAAGCGAAAUCUUCAAGAGGAGAUUGAAAAGGCUGUUAAAGCUGAUCGCGAACGACGAAAUAAUGAGCAAAAGCAACUACUAGAAGCUGAACUUGCGCAACGCAUUGGUGUUGAGCGACAGACAAUAGAAAAAGAGUAUGAAAAGAAGCUAGCGUCCGAACUGGAAAGAGUAAAUGCAAAUAAACAGCAAGCAGACAAAACAGUAAAGGCAGAAUUGGAUCGAAUAUUCACGAUUCAAGAGAGUUCGGAUCCUUCUUCCCGGAUUUUCAAUCCGGAUCUCGCUUUAAAAAUGCACGGCACCAAAGAAGUGAGGCUUGCGGGUUUCAAAUGGUGUACGACGCUGGAAGGAGCAGACUUUAAUGCUUGGAUUCAUAUCGCUCCACUUGGUGGCAACCUCAUAACAGCGAAUCCUUCAAGAUCCUUGGCAGCGAGUAUGAUUGAUGCACUUGCACGAAAAGUGUAUGAUAAUGUCAUGUCAUGGGCAGAGCAUGAAUCCUUUGAUCCGACCAAUGUGCGUCGCUUUGCGUGCUACAUGGCAGCUCAUGGCAAAAAUGAAUAUGCGCUUGCCACCGAUGGAAUGUGGUUGCUGCAUGUGAACGGGACAGCAUAUUUUCCGGAGCUGACGUUAGAGGGGCCUGGAAAUUCCCCUGUUAGAGGACAAAAGCAACUGGGUGGGCGACAUAAUCGACGAGCUGUCGAACCUACCGGAGAGCAGGACAAUGCAGUUCUGCAAGGCGACCACAAAGAUAAGAAGGACAGUAAUGCCGAUGACAAGGAAGGGUCCAACAAUGCACCAACAAACACCUCAUCCAGUGCACUAAAAUUCAUCAAAAAUCGCUCGGACCCACCACCCAAACAACGCCAUUCUGCGCCAACUACGCCUCUUCCGAACCGACGUCGUUAUAAGAUUGCGUAUCUGCUUCUCGUUCACGAACGCUUAGACGUCUUUUCCACGCUCUUUGAUGCUCUCUACGAUCAAGAUGGCGUUUUCCUCAUCCAUGUCGAUGCUAAGCGGUCCGAUUUCCGUGCAGAGGUUCACAAGUGGUUGAGUUCGCACAAGGUUUAUGCCGAUAGUGACAAUAUAUUCGUCAUGGAGAAUUCAUUCAACAUGAACUGGGGUGCAAGCAGUAUCGUCUUUGGACAACUGCAGGGGUUUUUCACCCUGAUGGAUCUGGCCGACUGGGAUUAUGUCAUCAAUUUGAGUGGAUAUGACUAUCCUGUUAGGAGUUCGAAGGCUAUUCAUGCUAUAUUGGAGCGAGAUCCCGGUAAAGCGUACAUUGAACACUGGUACGACUCUGAAAUCGAAUGGCGCCUUGAGCGGCCUUUCUUCCUUACCCGAUCUCGUACAUCCGUCCGAACUCCUUCCACGGCGCCCGAACGCCGGUUCCCAUUGGAUCACCGCUUCCGAGCAAUCAAGCACCAUCAAUGGAUGAUUCUCCCACGAGCUUUUGUUCAAUACCUCCGCAGCAGCCCAGAUGCUCAUGACCUUCUCGCUUGGUCAGAGCACAGCUGGAUUCCAGACGAAAGCUACUUUGGGAUGGUCGCUUUGGCGAAAAGCAGCACAGAAGGGGGUUGGAGUGAUAAAGUCAUCAACGAUUGCAAACGGUUUAUAUAUUUCGAAAAGGGGGCAAUGCAUCCCAUUUGGCUAAAGAACGGAGACGAAGGAAAAUUGGAACCAGGCGGAAAAGUGGAAGUCAGUUUACCUCUCAACUCGACACAAUUGGCUGAUCCGAGCAAGCGACCUCGAGAAUUCUUUUUUGUGAGAAAGAUUAAUUCGUUAUGGGAAAAAGGUAUUCGUCAGUGGAUGGACGAUCGGAGAAGGGAGGUUGAUGAGGCACUUAAAGAGGAGAUUGAGGCGGUAGAUAAAAGGUUUUGGGAUGGGGAGGAAUCAGAUUAUAGUAUUUACUAGACGCGAGACUGUCGGCGGAUAAUUAUGUGUAGAGUAUUUUAUUUUUUAUUACUUAGUACCCUGAAUGACAAUCGUUCAUAUCAAGCAUGUCACUACUUUUAAACAGA